AUGUGUGGGCAUCUUCACAUAUGGCAUGGUCGCCUGCGUAAUCCUGUGCAAUCCGGCCCUGUCCUUCUCCUUCCUCAAGUCUGCUCCCCCGCUCCCACGCCAUGGGUGGGACCCAGCGCUAUCUUUCAGCUAUUGCUUCAAAACUUUGCUUACUUUGCAAUAGCCGCUGUGAGACCGUUACAAUUCGCUCUCGGAACGUCACUGCUACGGUGCUCAAGCAACUACAACUUCACCACCCUUUUGGUUGCCAUGGCGCCAUCUGACAAUCAGCUGAACUUGAUCAGCACUUACGACAACGAGUACGAACACUUAUUCAGCAUGUCCACACCCGCGAACCGCAACGGCUACGAUGCUGCAUACGACAUGGCCGAAUUCAAUGAGCCAGCCAGCUGGGCCUCAGAUGUGCCUUCCGCUAUGCCCGACAUCGCAGACCAUAGUGUCCCGGGUAGCUCUGACAUGUUUCGUGACGGAUCUAGCAUGUACUCCGAUACGUUCUACCAGUCUACCGCAGGAUCUGAACAGUUCUUCGAGGCUCUUAGCGAAUUUGAUGGCGAGGAUGCCCAGUACGCUGACACCAAUUCCGACAAAAUCAACGAUCUUGACGAUGCUACUGUCACGAAUCGCCCUAUGAGUAUUCAAACUAGCAGUAGCAUUGAUAAUAUUGCUACCAUGAGUUCUCCUAUGGGUGUUCAAGCAAGCAGCGGUUUCGUAGAGGAGUCUGAGAUCAAGUCGGAAGGCGAGGAUGCCCGCUUCGAUUAUGUAAGUUACACACCUUCCUAUACUGGUGAAUACGAAGAGGAGGACGACCAUAGUGAAGAGAGCGAUGAGGGUUCCUUUGAAAGUUCUAGGGCCAAGACUAUCCCGAAGACCAACAAAGAUGGCGCCCGGCGCAAGCCACGCCAGCCCCGCGCAAAACUUUUAAAAUGGGGUGAUAACGACUGGAAGAAUGUUGUCCUCGGCAUCAUCUGGGCUUGCGGCGAAACUGGUGUGCAGAUCCCCUUCGAUCAGGCCGCACAAAUCGUUGGUGAGAGCUGUACUGCCGGUGCUUUACAGCAAGCUGUGUUGAAGCUACGCCAGAAGCAAGUCGCCGAGGGCAACUGGAUUCCGUCAUUACGCAUGGCAUGGACUCGCAAAUCUAGGAACUCUGAUCCCUCUUUGUUCGAUGCUAACGACGCCAAGGUGUCCAAGGAGGUGAUCAAAAGCAAGACGAUGCUGCCAAAGAAGAAGGCAACACGUUUCGUCGGUAAUCAAACCCUCCUCAUCACCCUCAAGUAUGCCUACAGAGAGGCUGAUCAAGAACACUUAGAAGCCAUCAAAAACCUUGGUUCCAAGAUUAAGGGUGCCCUGCAGACCCCACUUCACAGUCGCCAGCGCGCCGAAGAACAGCGUCUCGCCAAGCAGAGGGCCCGCGACAGUAAUCGCAAGGCUCGCAUUCACGACAGUGUCCUGACGACUUAUCUGCCUCUGGAUGACCCUACAGGCAUGCCGACGCCUGCCCUGACCCCGACCUCGGCCACUCACACCCAGCUCGGCUCUCCGGCCACUGGUACGAGCCAGUAUAACGAGUUCAUCGUAGCUUCACGUGGUGGUGUUGAAUACAUUCCGGGUAAUAUGGGAGCUACCAAGAGCAUCAUCGCGCGAUUCAUGGGCUCACGAGCUUCCCAGCCUCAGGGUGCUUUCAAGUAUACACCGUACAGCAGGAUUGAUCCAUCUGCGGCAGGCUACGUCAUGGACCGCGGCAUUGGCGAAGUCAGUGAUGAAGACAGCGACGUAUUCCACGCACAAGCUGCUCUCGAUGUCAGCCGUGGAGACACAGAGGUCAAAGACUCCUUAUACGGCCCCAAGUCUGCUGAAGAUCCCUUCGCACUCUUUUAG